UUUAGUCGCAACUGAUUCAAGCUUUCAGGAACGACAGCUGGACUACGUAAUGGUGUUGAAUUGUACAGAAAUAGAUGACAUACUGCAGAAGUACUACCUGUCACCGUCAUAUGGGCUGGAGUUCUGCAUCGGUUUCCCUGGGAAUCUGGUGGUGGUUCUCGGCUAUCUCUUCUGCCUUCCCAAGUGGCAGAGCUGCAAUAUUUACCUCUUCAACCUCGCAGUGUCUGACCUCAUCUUUCUCUGCACGUUGCCACGCCUCUCCUACCUCUACGCAAACCGCCAGAAGGAGACCAGCGCCUACGCAUGCGUCAUCAACCGCUACGUCCUGCAUGUCAACCUCUACUCAUCCAUACUGUUUAUGGUUUGGCUUAGCAUGGAUCGCUUUUUGCUCAUCCGACACCCGUCGCGGAAUCACUUCCUGCUGAGGCCGCAGGCGGCACUGGUUGUGACCGUGCUGAGCUGGCUCGCCGUCAACAUCGAAGUGACACCCAUGAUAGCCCUGAUGCUGCAGGAUCUGCGGAAUGCAAACUGGAGCCGCUGCAAUGACUUUGCUAGCCUCCAGGGGAACGUUAGCGUUUUAGAAUACAGCAUGGGGCUCACCUUAACUGGCUAUGUUCUCCCUCUGCUUGGACUGUGUGGUUUUUCCCGCCAGAUUGCACGCCUCCUGCAGACACAGGAAGUGGCAAUAAAUCGCAGGACGGCGAUGUAUAAGCGACCUCUGAGGGUCGUGGUGUCAGCGGCAGCCAUGUUUCUGGUUCUGUACACGCCAUAUCAUGUCAUGAGAAAUGUCAGGAUAGCGUCCCGGCAGGCCUGGGCGGGUGUGCAGUUAUGUACGAGGAUGUACAUCGAGGGGCUCUACAUCUUGACUAGACCUUUAGCUUUCCUGCACAGCGUCAUCAACCCUGUCUUCUACUUCUUCAUGGGCGACAAGUUCCGAGAGCUCCUGCUUGUAAAGUUUAGAAAACUGGUCGGCAAAACAAAGCAGCCAAGAGAACCGACAUGAAGAACUUAAGUGGAGUAUUUCAUCAACCAUUUUUAUUACAGUAUAUUUUCUCACUGGACAAUAUAUAGAAUAUAUAGAAUGAAGACUUGAAUAUACUUAGAAUAGACCUGGUCCUGGGCUGCACUGGAAAGUAAUGGUUUUAUUUCAUUUGAACAUGCAUCAGAUUACAAUUGAAUGCAUCACAUAAUCAGUUCACAGUUCACAUGUCCAAAAGGAGUAGGAAGAAGCAAAGCUUAUUAAAUCCUACCCCUCCAUCUGGUACUUUUACAAUUAGUAACUGUUACAUUUGUUCACUUCCUGCUUUCCUAAUAUAGUUUAAGGUUUUUUGUUUUAAUUUAAAAAAAUUUUUAAAUAAUGUACCUCGUACCAAUGUAUGAGGUGAUAUGAGCAUCCAAUGCCAUAAUGGGUACCAUAGUAAGUGUCAAUAUAGU